AAGUCCGAGGUUUUUCGUCUGUCUCCGACCUCUGCCGACUUGCUGUUGACCCCUUUCUCUAGCGUCAGCGUUCUUCCACCUGAUGAGAUUCCUCAUGUAGUCUGUCUUCCUUUCUUCCACAGUGUUACCCGUUUCGCCUAUGUAAACCACACCACAGGAGCACGGGAGUUGGAUUUGAUUUUGCACGUUCAAGACAUCAGCAGCAGAGGAUUGAAGCGCCAGAACGAGGUCACGGAAAAAGUUCUCGAUCGGUUGAACUUAUCCUCUGAGCUGAAAAAAAACAUGAUCACGGUGUGGAAUAAAAUAGACCUCGUUAGUGAGGAGAUGCAAAAGACGCUGCCAAACAGACCGUUAAACUGUGCUGUGGUAUCCUGCCGCACGAAUGAAGGGAUGGCUCAACUCAGAUCAGUGAUCGAACAGCGUCUGUUAUAUUCGUUGGGUUACUUGAGUAAAACGUUUCGAGUUCCAAUGGGCGGGCCUCAGCUGAGCUACCUUUACCGGACGGCCGCAGUGAAGAAUGUGGUACCGGCGAUGGACGGAAAUCACUUGAAGGUGACGACGCUGCUUCCGAAUCAUAUUUACGAAAUUUUCUUGCAUAAAUUUGGAGAUCUGGAAAUUUCAGGUUGACACAUCAUUAAAUGCAACGACCACCAGCCAAUCAGAAAUACGAUGAUUGAGGAAUUGCCUGUCGAAAACAUCGUCGAACUCCUGCAACGUCUUGUCUACGAGGAGCAGCCGCGACGUCGAGUCCUGAACGACGUAUCGUUUGAUUCAUGGGCAAGGCAACAAUCUUGA